ACUACGCGCAGUGCUGAAGCUGCUGUCCUGGAAAGAGCAACCUAUCAAGAGCAGGAAGCGGCAGAUCAACAACGGAAGCACCAGCGAUUUGCGACAAAUUCACUCCUACUUUGAGUGGAAAGGUGUCGAGGAACAUGCGUUCAACGCACAGGUGAAAAAAAUCACCUGAUUUAACUUCUUCGCUGCUCCAACUUUUCGGCCCUACCUUGCGCAGAUUCCGGUUAGAUUUGCUUUUUGUUUGUUUGAUUCUGUUGAGAAUAGUUUUUUUUUUUUAAAGAAACAAACAAACUAUAAAAUCUUGAGACAUGUCUCGCAAGAAGGCAGUCAAAGGCAAAGCAGCGACCAACAGCCCGUCCGCGGGCAGCCCCUCCGGGAAAGGGACCGGGAAAUCUGCGAGAGGAAGCCCGGGCAUCGUUCAGAUGAAUGGUGUAGUCCAUCCCAGCAGACCGUCCAUCAGCAACAGCAGCGAGUUUUAUGACAUCGCUUUCAAGGUGAUGCUGGUUGGAGAUUCUGGUGUGGGGAAAACCUGUCUUCUGGUCCGAUUCAAAGACGGAGCUUUCCUGGCCGGCAGCUUCAUCUCCACUGUGGGCAUCGACUUUAGGAAUAAAGUCCUGAACAUUGAUGGAGUCAAGGUGAAGCUCCAGAUCUGGGACACAGCUGGACAGGAGCGGUUCCGCAGUGUCACUCAUGCCUACUACCGUGAUGCCCACGCUCUUCUCUUGCUGUAUGACGUCACCAACAAAUCAUCCUUCGACAACAUACAGGCAUGGCUGACUGAGAUCCACGAAUACGCCCAACAAGAUGUAGUGCUCAUGCUGCUUGGAAACAAGGCUGAUGCCACUCAUGACAGGGUGGUGAAGAGAGAAGAUGGUGAGAGACUUGCUAAGGAAUUCGGAGUUCCCUUCAUGGAGACCAGCGCCAGGUCAGGCCUCAAUGUAGAGCUGGCUUUCACUGCUGUGGCCAAGGAGCUGAAGCACAGGUCCAUGAAGGAUCCCAGUGAGAAGUUUAAGCUCCAUGAGUACGUGAACAAGGAAAUGAAGAGCACUGGCUGCUGCCGGUCUUAAAAGCCUGCCCCAGUCACUCUUUGGCUCUGUGUGUGUGUGUGUGUGUGUAUGUGUGCCACUUAUUUCCAUACUGUACGUGUUCAUAUCUGGUGUGAUCAGAAAGGAGUCAGCUCCAGCGAGGUAUAAACCCGUUCGACCUUCUGCUCGUCCAUUUUCAGAUUUCAUUGUGUCAGUACACACAAUCUCACUGUUGUCCUCACUAGUCUCGUUGCCUUCCUGCAUCAUGUGUAUGUGCGUCUUGCUUUUCCCCACCCAUCUCCUUCUGUAGCUGUAAAUGUAGCCCAAGGUUAUAAUUGGCAAAAGGCAAAGAUGGCACACCUCAGUUAUUACCCUGUUUCAACUGCAGCUACACAAUUAUCUUCACCGUUGCCUGGUGUCCUUCUUUUAUUUUGAAGGGUCUUUUCUGUUUUGUUUGUUGCAGAGAUAAAAUGCAUGUUUUUAAAGCAGUUUAAUUUCUGCAUAUAAUUAAUGUGUUAGAUGCAACUGUCAUUUUCUUCGGAUGUUACGGAUGAAUGUUCAAAUAGUAAAUGUGUAGUGAAGUGUCCUCUGUACAGUUUGUGGUUAAAUCAAUGAUUCAACAGGCUCCCUGGAGCCGGGUUAGCUCACCAGCAUAAAUUUAGUCUGUUUCAGCUGUGGAUUUGGGGGGGGGAUUUGUAUUAUUUUAACACAAAAAUAUAGUAAAAGCAAAUGGGUGUUGCUAUUUUGGAUACAACGACCAUUAACAGCAUUCAGAUUGAAUCCAUAUUAAUAUAAUGUUUAAACAAAUUUAGACGUUUGAGUUUUGAAGAGCUGUAAUGCGACCACUGUUCCUGAUCUGUAUUUUUUGUUAAAUUAUUAAAAACAUAGUCAAACACACUGUAUGCAAUAUACAGGAAUAUAAAAUGGGGGCUUUUUUUGGUCAUUAUGGUGUAAAUACUACAUUUUUUUCUGCAUGUAAAAUAGUUUGGAUAGAAGAGAACAUCACUUUAGAUAGGAAUAAGAGCAUGGGAGUGAAGUGAGAAAUAAAGAGCUAUAGAGACCUGAAGUAUUGUACAUGAAACAUAUGUAAUUUUAUUUUAUUUUAUUUCUCUGUUUGUUUCUUUUUUGUUUGUUUUUGUUUUUUGUAAUCCAUGCAAAUCACGACAGUGUAUUUAAAUGCUGAGUUUUGAGCCACCUCUCAUUUCUUUAUAUUUUGCAGGGAAAUAGCUGCAGUGAUUUAUCAAAACGUGCAAACAUACAUUGAAAUACUGUAUAUAAGUCAAACACAGAGAUCAUAGAAUUCUAACAAGCUUGAAAUCUCUUUAGAUAAUCAUUGGGAAUAGUUCUUUAGGGGUCUUGAAGGGCAUUUGAAGCUCUUCUUUGGAUGUCGGAUGCCUUUUGUUCUGUUUUUUGUCAAGAUGAUCCCUCACUGCUUCAGUAAAGUUGACCUCCAGUCUUGGCAGUGUGUUUGGGAUCAUUUCCAUGCUAUAGCGCUUGAGAAAUCAACUAAAUCUUGUUGAAGCAAAAAUAAUAUUUUUAUGCCCAUCUUUGUUUAGCUUUGGCAUUUUUGGAUUCAACUAAAGAAAUGGGAACAACUGAUGUGUUUUUGCAACAGUAACAUCGAAGCUAAAGAUCGAAUUUUUAAAAAGCCUUUUGCCUUCAUCCUUUAAGUUGCAUUAGUUUGUGCCUUCAAUAAUUUAAAUCCUUUUUUCUAUAGCAAAAAGCGACAAAACUCUAUUUUGUGAUGUCAGGUACAAGAAUUGGACUGAAAAUGGGUGAAAAUGCAGCCAAUCUCCAGAAAACAAUAACAGAAAACCUGGAGAACUAAUCCUCAAGACCACCUUAAAACAAGAAAGUCUGGGUCUUUGGAAGUAGAAUAAAAGGAAAUGACCAAUGACUCAAAACCUUUGCACAGUACUGCAUGUAUGUGUUUUCUGUACAUUCGUAUAUAAAUUGGGUAUAUGCCAUGUUUUCUUAACAUUUUGAGCAGUAUGUCACCUUGAAUCGGUUAACAGUAUUUAACUUACAAUUAAUAUAAGAAUCACAGAUGUAAUUGUAUACACUGUUGCUUAGAAACACUCCAUCUCAGUCACAGAAACCACAUACUGUACUGCACUUACUGUACAUGCCCAUGUUUCUUUUUUUUAGCCUUGAAGUUAAGAGUAUUGUUUAUUUGGUUUACUACCUUUCAGUGUGUAACUUCUUUCUUGUAACUUAAAACUACAAUAAAAAAAUAUAUAUAUACAUCA